ACCAUGUCGGAGCCUUUAGGUUGGUGCGUUGAAGCCGUUCGAAUUUCAACCGAACCUAAUUUAUCUCGGGCUUUAUUAGCUUUACGAACCCGUCAUACAAGGCGUCCGGGUGGAGCAAUUCGUUUUCGUGAAAGAGGUGGUUUGGGACCUUUAUUAGAAUUAUUAGGACCGGAAAGGCCUCGUCGUACGCUCGAUUUAGCUCUUAGCGUUUUAGGUAAUUGUUGUACCGAAACCGGGUGUCGAAAACAAGCCCGGCGCCUGGGUGGUGUGCCCCGGCUCGUGGCCCUCCUGUCCUCUCCGGGUCCCGAGAGCGUGCAGAACCGUGCGGCCCGCGCCCUCGCCAACUUGGCGCUGGAACCCGACGGCGCUCGCGACGUCCUCGAUGCCGGCGCCGGUCCCCUCCUGGUCUCCCUGGCUGCUUCCUGCGGCACCCCCGAAUGCCUCCACAGCGCCGCCCGCGCCCUUCGCAUUUUGGGGGCCGCUCCCGCUCCCCGUCGCGCGUUGGGUCGAGCCGGAGCCGUCCGAGCCCUCGCUUCUCGUUUGGCUUCCCUCUCUCCGACUCAUCCCGCCUGCCCGGCUCUCGUCCGAGCUCUUCGCGGUCUCACCGAUCAUCCCGACCCUUCGGCCGACGACGUCGCCCCGGCGUUACCGGUUUUGACCGUUUUAGCCGCUCACGCCAAACGCGAUCGCCGACAACCCGCUUUGGGAACCAUCGCCAACGCUUGCGCCCGCGCUCCUCUCCGUCCGGCUUUAGGCGCCGCCGGGGCGGUCGAAGCCGUAACCGAAGAGGUGAGGAGAACGUUAACGUCUUCCGACGUCGCCGGCGCUACCGUAGCCGUCCGGGCGUUGUGUUUGUUAUGCCGGGAAGCCGUUAACCGGGCGAGGGUACGAGCGGCCGGAGGUUUGGGGCUUCUCCUGCGCCUCUUGGCCGAAUCUCGCGCCCGGCCGUGGCGUCUCCGCGUUCUCCUGGCUUUGGCCGCCUUUGCCUACGACCAGGAGGCGUUGGCGGCCAUGGAGGCUCGGGGGCUCGUCCCUUUGCUCGCCGACGUGUUGCGGGCUCGGGCCGACGAGGAAGAGGAGGAAGAGGAGGAUGAGGAGGAGGAAGAGGAUGAGGAGGAGGAAGAGGAAGAGGAAGAAGAGGAGGAGGAUGAAGCAGCCGCUUCCUUCGAUCUGCCGCGCGAGGUGCCGGGCUCGGGCAGGGCGGCCGCCGGGAGCCUGCGGAGACUCAAGUCCUGGCUCCUCUCCGAAAGCUCCUCCCCGCCGCCCUCCCCCCCGCCCGCCGCCCCCCACCCCCCCACGCCCGCCCCCCGCCGCCGCCUGCCCCCCAUGGGUGCCCUGGCCCUACCCCGAGGGGUGGGCGAGGGGGACCCCUGGCUCCCCGAAACCCCCGCCCUCCUCCUUUUGGGGCGUUUGGCGGCCGCCGACGAACCCAGCCGCGCUCUGGCCACCGCCCCCGUCGUUUCGGGGCUCCUCCGUUACCUCACGGGGGUCCCCGCCCCGGCCCCCCGCGCCGCUCGGGUGCUGCAACGCCUGACGGGGCACCCCGCUUUUUUGGGGGCGCUGGUUCGGGCUUACGUCCCCUCCCUGCUUCGUUCCUGGCUGAUCCUCGGCAUCCCCCCGGGCCGGGCCGAGGAGCUUUCGCAAAUCGGGGGGCCCAAACGUCCCCCCGCGCCCCCGCACCCCCGCCAGGCACGCCUCAAGGAGCUGGGCGAGGGGCUCCUGCGCGUCCUGGGGGCGGGGGCGGCCGCCCCCUUCGGCGUGGGGCUGCUGACCCACAUGCUGCGCUGCGGGGCCCCCCCGGCCCGCCUGGCCUGCGCCACCGCCCUGCCCCUGCUCGCCAGGCCGGCGUCCCCGGCGCGGGGGCUGCUGUGGGGCGGGGGAGCGGUGGCCCUGCUGCUCUCGGCGGUGGCCCGGGGUCCCGCGUCCCCCUACGAGCCACCCCCGGCCUUCGCCCUCUACGCCGCCGACGCCAUCGGCCUCCUGCGGGGACACGGCGGGGACGUGCCGGGACACGACGGCGACCAGGACCUGCAGGCGCGCGAGGACGCCGAGGACCCGUGGGGACGGGCGGAGGGACGCGGUGACGGCGGUGACGUCCUCGUGGAGAACGGCGACGCGCGGAGACCCCCGGACCGACGCGCGGGUGACGUCGGGGACCCCCGGGGACACCCCCAUGGACUCGGGGACGCCGAUGACGCGCGUUCCCCGUCCCCUGCGGCCCCCCACCCCACCGGGCCCCGCGCGGCCCCGCGGGCCACCAAACGUCCCCGAGCGUCCUCCUGGCCACGGUUGUCCCCAACCCCGCCCUGUUCCCAGGGGGCCCCGGGACCCCCCAAACGUCCCCUGAUGUCCUCGGACCUCCACGACUCGUGUCCCCGGGUGUCACCGGUGUCCUCCAACCCCUGUCCCCAACUGUCCUCAUGUCCCCAGGUGUCCCCAAACCUCUCCAACCCAUCUCCCCGACCAUCUCCAUGUCCUCAAGUGUCCCCAAACCUCUCCAACCCAUCUCCCCAACCAUCUCCACAUCCCCAGGUGUCCCCAGACUUCUCCAACCCAUCUCCUCGACCAUCCCCAUCACCCCAACCAUCCCUAGUGUCCUCCAACCCAGGUCCCCAGGUGUCCCCAAACCUCUCCAACCCAUCUCCUCGACCAUCCCCAUCACCCCAACCAUCCCUAGUGUCCUCCAACCCAGGUCCCCAGGUGUCCCCAAACCUCUCCAACCCAUCUCCCCAACCAUCUCCACGUCCCCAGGUGUCCCCAAACCUCUCCAACCCAUCUCCCCAACCAUCCCCAUCACCCCAACCAUCCCUAGUGUCCUCCAACCCAGGUCCCCAGGUGUCCCCAGACUUCUCCAACCCAUCUCCCCAACCAUCCCCAUCACCCCAACCAUCCCUAGUGUCCUCCAACCCAGGUCCCCAGGUGUCCCCAGACUUCUCCAACCCAUCUCCCCAACCAUCCUCAUCACCCCAACCAUCCCCAGCGUCCUCCAACCCAGGUCCCCAGGUGUCCCCAGACUUCUCCAACCCAUCUCCCCAACCAUCCUCAUCACCCCAACCAUCCCCAGCGUCCUCCAACCCAUCUCCCCAACCAUCUCCACGUCCCCAGGUGUCCCCAAACCUCUCCAACCCAUCUCCUCAACCAUCUCCACGUCCCCAACCAUCCCCAGCGUCCUCCAACCCAGGUCCCCAGGUGUCCCCAAACUUCUCCAACCCAUCUCCCCAACCAUCUCCACGUCCCCAGGUGUCCCCAAACCUCUCCAACCCAUCUCCUCGACCAUCCCCAUGUCCCCAACCCUCCCUAGUGUCCUCCAACCCAGGUCUCCAGGUGUCCCCAAACUUCUCCAACCCAUCUCCUCGACCAUCCCCGUGUCCCCAGGUGUCCCCGCGCCCCUCCGGCCCCCGUCCCCCGCCGUGUCCCUACUCCCGGACCCCCCAUGACCUCCUCCUGCUCCCCGACGGCGCCCGUCCCGGCGUGCCGGCGUCUCGCUCGGCGUUGACCCGGGGUUCCCCAGUCUUGGGCGCCAUGUUGGGGGGAGCCUUCGCCGAGGCGCGCCAAACAGCCGUCGCUCUGGGCCGCGCCCCCCGCCGUCCCCUCCUCCUCCUCCUCCAUUUUGUCCACGGGUGUCGAGGUCGCCCCGAGGACGGGUGUCCUCUCCUGUCCCGCCCCGUGUCCCCCGCCGCCGCCGGCGCCGCCAUCGCUUUGGCCCGCCGGUAUCUGGUGGAGGGUUUCGACGACGCGGUGGCCGACGCGGUCGCGGCGUCGCCCGGCGCGCUCUGGGCCUUGGCCGAGCGGUGGGGUUGCGCCCCGUUGGCCGUUCGGGCAGCGCGGGUCAUUUUGGGGGGACGUCCUGAUAAGGUGGCCCCUCGUUUGGUUCGGGUGGCCGCGUUAACGAGAUGUCCACCUCGUUUGGCUCGUGCCUUGAUGGCCGCCGUGGCGCCCCGGGGGGUCCGGCCCCACCUCGAUAUGGGGGAGCCGUGGGGUGGGGGUGACCCGUUGUUGACACCCCAUGGGGACCUCCGGGACAUCCUUGGGGACCUCGGGGAUGGCCAGGAGGACCUGGAGGACCUCCAGGAUGUCCAGGAGGACCUCGGGGAUGUUCAGGAGGACCUUGGGGAUGUUCAGGAGGACCUCAGGGAUGUUCAGGAGAACCUUGAGGACCUCCAGGAUGUUCAGGAGGACCUCGAGCACCUGGAGGACCUCCAGGAUGUCCAGGAGGACCUUGGGGAUGUUCAGGAGGACCUCGGGCACCUGGAGGACCUUGGGGAUGUCCAGGAGGACCUCGGGGAUGUUCAGGAGGACCUGGAGGACCUCCAGGAUGUCCAGGAGGACCUCGGGGAUGUUCAGGAGGACCUCAGGCACCUGGAGGACCUCCAGGAUGUUCAGGAGGACCUCGGGGAUGUUCAGGAGGACCUUGAGGACCUCCAAGAUGUCCAGGAGGACCUUGGGGAUGUCCAGGAGGACCUUGGGGAUGUUCAGGAGGACCUCAGGCACCUGGAGGACCUCCAGGAUGUCCAGGAGGACCUCGGGGAUGUUCAGGAGGACCUUGGGGAUGUUCAGGAGGACCUCAGGCACCUGGAGGACCUCCAGGAUGUUCAGGAGGACCUCGGGGAUGUUCAGGAGGACCUUGAGGACCUCCAGGAUGUCCAGGAGGACCUCAGGGAGCUGGAGGAUGACUUUGGAGACCCCUUAGGGGAAGGUGAUGUGGAGGUGGAGGUCAAGGGACCUCUCUGAGACCUUGGGGACCACCACGUAGGCGUUGGGGACCCCUUUAGGUGAAGACGCGGAGGUCGGGGACCUCUCUAGGGCCUCAGGGACCACCGCGUGGGUGGUGGGGACCCCCCCUUAGGUGAAGACGCGGAGGUCGGGGACCUCUCUAAAGGCCUCGGGGGUCCCUUGGACAGAGACGAUGUGGACGUGGAGGUCAGAGAACUUCUCCAAGACCUCGAGGGGGCCUUCGGUGGGGUCUCGGGGACCCCUUGGAAGAAAAUCAGGAGGAUUUUGGAGGUCAGGGGACCUUCUCCAAGAUCUCGGGGACGCCCCGGAGGACCCCGUUUACGGCCGUGGGCGAGGGGAGAGGUGGGGAGAAGGAUUUCGGGGACCAUCUCGAGGAGAUGGGGGACCACCC